AUGUGGCGCAUGCGUGGUGGCGCCACCAGGCGCGGGAGCUGCGGCGGCGGGGACGGCGGCGGGGACAGCCGCGGGCAGGGCCGCCCGGGCCGGGCUCGUGGGGGUAGCGGCAUCGGAGGCGGCGUGGGCUGGCGAGGCCGUGCGGGCGGCGCCCGACAGCAGCUGGAGGAGCGGUUCGCAGACCUGGCGGCGAGCCACCUGGAGGCCAUCCGCGCGCGGGACGAGCGGGACCGGCAGAACGCGCGACUGCGCGAGGAGAACGCCCGGCUGCGGCUUGAAAACAGGCGGCUGAAGCGCGAGAACCGCAGCCUCUUCCGUCAGGCCUUGCGGCUUCCCGGCGAGGGCGGCGACGGGGCGGCCGCGGAGGCGGCCGGGGCCACCCCGGGCCCCGAGGAGGCCGGCACGAACCGGAGGGCGAGAGGCGGCGGCCUCGAGGACGAGCCUGGCAGCCCCAGGGCCCUGAGAGCCCGGCUCGAGAAGCUGGAGGCCAUGUACCGUCGGGCCCUGCUGCAGCUGCACCUUGAGCAGCGGGGGCCGCGCCCGCGUGGCGACAAGGACGAGCCGCCUUUGUGCGCACUGGAGUCGGGCCUGCGAGUCCCGGACCCGGAUCCCCCAGAGCCCUGGCUGUAGCCCGAGGCCGCGGCCGGCGAGAGGCGGAGCCUCGCGCGGCCCCUCCUUCUUCGCCCGCGGCUCACCAGCCUAGCAACGCCCGGGGCCCUGCGCCGCGGGACUGGACCGCUGCCUGCCGCCUGCCGCCCCACGCUGCCCAGUUGGACUUGGCGUCCAUCCGCCAAGGUUGAGAGGGUGCGUGGCCCCCUGGAGCCUCCCCAACCCUGCAGAGCACCUGCUUCCUGCGCCUGGUGGUUUCCAUGGGUUGAGGCCUAGAAACGGAGGGGCGGGUUUUACAACAAGAAACGGGUGCCAGUCAACACUUCCCAAUGCCUGAACUUUUCAAGGGCUGUGAGGACCUCUUCUGUUUUGGGUUUUUCUCUUUCUUGUUCCUUUUUUUUUUUUUUUUUUUUUUUUUUUUUUUGGUUCUUUGAGGAAUGAAUAAUGCGUUUAGAGUUGGUUGAAUUUGUUGUUCAUAUUUAGGUCCCCUAAAACCUCCAGCCAUUAUCAUUUAUGUGGCCAACACUUGCUUUCAUAAGUCGGUAUUACUUGGAUAUCCUAUAAAGUACCACCUUUUUAUUUAAAAAGUGAUAUUUAUUACUUAGGAACUCUAUGUCUGCCCUGCUCUAGUCCUCAAACAUCUAUUAUGUACCUAUAUGUUUACCCCCAGGGAAUUUUUAAAGUAUAUGCCUAUAAGUGAUCCUUUAAAUUGGUAAAUAAGUCUGGUGCAUUAAAAUUACCGAGAAACAUCCCACAACUAUUAUUUGAAGUGUUAGAUUUUUACACAUGUUUAAGAAACAUACAUGAUCUGUAUAAAUUUUACGUUUUACUGACUAGUUAUUUGUUGUAAGCUAUCGUUUUCGCUUUAUGUAAGUGAUCGUUUCAAAUAAAGAUUAGAUAAUCUAAUUUUUAUUACAUUUUACGCAUUAGAGCAUAGUCGGUGAACAGCGACUUUGCCUUCUUCAUUUAAUAAUUUUAAGAAGUUGUAAGUUAUUUGUGUAUCAGAAGGCUCCAAAGCGAUUUAGUCUCAAUUGUGGUUUCAUUAGCAAAAAAAAAAAAAAAAAAAGAAAAAAAGGCUGAUUUUAACAACGAAAGUUCUAAUUUCACUUUUUUGCAUUUUAUUGGGUAGGCACUUGCUGACUAAGUAGUGAAGAGGGUACCAUUGUACCACAGAAAAAUCAUAGGUAUAAUACAGUGUUUAAGUGAUGGAAAACAUCAGUUGAAGAAAAAAAAAUGGGAAGUUUUUGUUAGAGCUAGAGAUUAAGUCAUAAGAUAGAGUUGUUUUAUUUGUGAGAUAUCCUAAAAGUUUCAAAUAUAUUACAUAUGUUGCCAAAAAAGGUACCAAGAAAAGUAGUUUUUUGAUUUUUCUAUUCCUGGGUUUUGAAGACUUUUUGUGCAGUUUGGUUAAAGGUAGUUGAUAUUUAGUUGUGAAUAUUAAAAUCUUCCUGUAGAGCCAAAAAAUAUGAGAAGAAUCUUGCUGAGAAUAGGUAGGUACAUGAAAAGUAUCUCUUGUCACUUUUACUUUAUUUUCUAAUAGUGAAAGAAAGGAAAUAGUUUUAGGAGUCAGGAGGUAUUGAAGAAUAGGAAAAAAGCCUAUUAUCCCUAUUGCUACUUAACUGUGACUUUGGGUUUAGAUUAGUUAAUCUCUCUAAGCCUUAGUUUUCUCAUCAUUAAAACGAACAUAACAUCUACCUCAAUAUAAAACAUUUAUUGAGAUGUUAUAUGUAAAAUGCCUGCUUCAAAAUAAGUGGUCUAUCAAUGAGAAUUAUAAUCUAAAAUGUGAAAGUUGUAAAUGCGUAUUGUACUGACACUUUGCCUUCUGUAUUUUGCUCCUAUAUGAUUUUAUAUUAGCAGAGAAAUAUAUUCUUUCACUGAGUUGACAGUUUUCACUCCUUGUAAAUAAAUAGAGGAGAUAAAGCCCUAUAUACUAAGGGAAUAAUGCAUCAAAACUAUUUUCCACUUGUAGCAAAAUUAGGAAUAUUCAACAACCAAGCAAAAUGUUUAGCUUACUUACAUAGUUUUUAAGCACCUUUUGUCUUAAAAUCAUGUACGAUGUAAGUGUGGUGAAAAAAAAAAUGUGUAAAAUAAUGAGGCACAUGUACACAAAAGUGAGGACAACUUUGAGCAUAAUUCCUGAAAACAUUCUGAAACCAAAAUGCCCCAGAAGAUGGGUUAAGGCUAAUACAUAUUUCAGCUUUGUUGAAAUUCUCUGCUGAUAACUAAUAAAGCAUCAUGUAACAGUAUGAAAGAUGUUUUGUAAUAUCAAAAUAUGUGCCUACUCAAGAAAUGGGUAAAGUUGAUUUUAGAAAAGUUUGAUCUAGGAUCUAUUUCAAUCUAAAAUAAACUAAAACUUCAGAUUAUCA